AUGAGAAUAGUAUUUUUAAAAUUAACCUUACUAACAAAUAAUAUUAAUAUGGCAUAUAGUAGUGAUGAAAGUACAGAUGAUGAGAAGAAACAGAAAAGAGAACUUAUUUCAGAUGAUUCUGACGAUGAUGAUGAAGUUGUUAAAAAGCGAAAGAAAACAAAAGAUAAAUCAAAAAAAAGAAGUGCAAAUGAAAGUAAAAAGUCAAAGAAAAAAAGUAAAAAGGCAAAGUUAGAGGUAGAAGAUAUUUCAUCUUCUGAAGAAGUAGUAAGUAAUAUUGAUGAAGACGAAGAAAUAGAAGAUGAUGAAGAAGAACAUGACAGAAAAAGAAAUACUAAUCCAUUUAUAAAUGAUGAUGUUUCUGAAUCAGAAGGUGAUGAAAUGGAUUAUCUAUCUGAGGAUGAGGAAGUUGAUGAUGUUGAAAAUCUUCGUCAAUUAGAAGAAGAGGCAUAUAGAACUAGAAAUGAUAGACCUUCAGAUCUUUAUAAAAAUAUGUCCGAAAAAGAAAUGACAAAAUAUUUUGAAACUAGAUAUGCUGGAGCAGCUCGUGACGACGACGACAAUGUUGAUGAUGAUUCAGAUUUAAAAUUUCUUAAAAAAAAUAGAAUUGCUAGAACAGAUGCUGAUGCUAGUUUAUUUAUUAUCAAAACAAGAAUGGGUGAAGAGAAACAUGUUGCUACACAAUUGUUUAGAAAAUAUUGUUCAGAAAAAAAUCAAGGUUUAAAUCCUCAGAUUUGUUCAAUUAUUACUAAAGAAUCUCUUAAAUCAAUAAUUUAUAUUGAAGCCUUUCAAAAGUCGUCCGUAAUGAAUUUUGUCAAAGGGGUAAAUGGAAUAUUACAAAGUACCCAAUUUAAUAAGGUUCCAAAUGAUGAGUAUUUUGAUACAAUUGCUAUAAAAAAAGAAAACGCAAAAUUAGUACCUGGUAAUUUUGUUAGAUUUAAAAAAACGCUUUACAGAGAGGAUCUUGCCGAAGUUAUUGAUAAUGAUGAAGAAGAUGGUCGUGUUUUAUUGAGAUUGUUACCAAGAAUUGAUUUGACUAAACCUAGAGGUGCUAUGAGAGAUACAAUGACAUCAGAACAAAUGGCUGAAAAAUCAAAAAAAAGAUUUACAAGAAUACCUAAAGCACCAUUUAACAUAGAAAAAAUUAGAAAAAUUGGAGGUGAUGUAGCUAAAGAGGGUGAUAUGUAUAUAUUUGAAUCUAAUCGUUACAGAAAAGGAUUUUUGUAUAAAUGGUUUAAUAUAGAUAAUGUUUAUACUGAAGGAGUUAAACCAACAGCUGAUGAAAUAAAUUUAUUUAAAGUUUCUGAAAGUAUGAAUGAAAACGAUGGAUUUAAAAGGCAAAGAAUAGAACACUUAUUUAUGAAAUAUGAAGUUGGAGAAAAAAUUGAAGUUCAUGAAGGUGAAUUAAAAAGUUGUCGUGGUGUUAUUAUUGAAGUAAAAGAUAAAAUAGCAGUUAUUAAACCUUUAAAUCUUGGUAAAUUUAAUAAUCAAACUGUUGAAGUUACAACUGAUAAAAUAAGUAAGUAUUUUGAAAUUGGAGAUCAUAUUAAAGUUGACAAUGGAAGAAAUGCUGGUGACACUGGUACUGUUGUUAAAUAUGAUGGAAAAGAAGUCAUUUUUCUUUCGGAUUUAACUAAAGAUGAAGUUAAAGUUUUACCAAAUGAUUGUACAAUUUCUAUUGAGGUAUCUGUUGGUGUUGAUUCAUAUGGAAAAUAUUCGUAUCUUGAUUUUGUACAAAUUGAUGGAAAAACGGCUGGCGUCAUUAUUAGAAUUAAUAGGGAAAGUCUUGAAAUUCUUACACAAAUGAAUACAAUUGUUACAAAAUCACCAGCUCAAUUAAUGGGAAAAAUUAACAAUAAAACGGCAAAAUCUAUGGAUUUAGCUAAAAAUGAACUUCAAUGUAAUGAUCAGGUUACAAUUGUUGAUGGUCCAUUUGCCCAGAAAAAACAAUUUGAAGAAACUGUUGUAGGAACAAUUAAGUUUAUUUUUAAAUCAUUUUUAUUUGUACAAAAUACAAAAAGAAAAGAGCAUGCUGGUUUUUUUGUCGUCCGACAAAGAAACGUCCUUAGAUAUGGUGCUAAGAUGCCUGAACAAAAUGCUGAAAGAUUAAACUUUGAUGAUAUUUCUAAAUUAAAAACAGGUGUUUUAGGUGCUACUGAUAGUAAUAAACGUGAUGAUAUUUUUAAAAUACCUAAUUUACCAGGAAAUAAUCAAACAAGAACUUCUUUUAAUUCUUCUAGUGGAAAGAGUGGAUUUAAUAAUCACAAUAAAAAUUCAUUUAAUGGAUUUGGUGAUAAGCAACAAAAACCCGGAAAGGAUCCAUUAUUUGGAAAACAAAUAAGAAUUAACAAAGGUCCUUAUAAAGGUUAUUAUGGUGUUGUUAAAGAUAUAAACGGAAAUAUUGCGAGAGUUGAGUUACAUACAACUUGUAGAACUAUUAAUGUCGACAAAAGUAGAUGUAUUCUUGUUGAUAAUAAUCCAAUUCCAGUACAAGAAACAAGUGGAAGCACUUAUAGAAAUGACUAUAAAUCUACUGGAGAUGAUGAAGGUCUUAUUGAAAAUGAGAAUGAUAAAUAUGUUCCAAGUAAAACUCCUAUGUAUGGUGCAAAAACACCUAUGUACGGUUCACAAACACCAAAUCCAUUUGCAUCAGAUUCAGAUAUAUGGAAUCCACUUAACUCACCUAGACAUCAUACUAUGAAUUCAGAAGAAGAUUAUAAUUCAUUCUCAUAUAAUGAUGAUUUAAAUAUUGCUUCUGUUGCUCCUCAAACUCCUGGAGCAUUUAUGAAUGCAGGUACACCAUAUGGUGGUGUCCCAAUGACUCCUGGAAUUGGUAUUGAUGCAAUGACACCAAUGAAUCGAAGUGGACAACAAAAUAAUUAUGACGAUAUGAUAAAAAGUGGGUGUUGGAUAAUCUUAGAUUCAUAUGUUAAAGUAAAAGGAGGAUAUGGUAGUAAUGAUAGAAUAGGAGUUGUUUGUGGUUUUGACGAAACAGGAUGUAAAAUAAGUUUCGAAGACGCUAAUAAACAUGAAACCAUUGAAUUUGUUGAUUAUGAUAUGAUUCAACCUGUUGAACCUAAGAAACAAGACAAAUGUGUAAUUAUUUUUGGAGAUUUACUGAAAGAAAAAGGAGUCGUCGAUGACAUUACUGAUAAAGAAAAAGCACUAAUUAGAUUACAAAGGACAGGAAGACUUCAUCUUGAAUAUUUAAAGAAUAUUUGUAAACUAGUAUGA